UCCUCGUCCCCCCCCCCUCUCUCUCACCAAGUCGUUCGUCACGCAGAGGACCCGGCCGCUCGCGAGAGGCGAGGCGAGCAAUCGAAAGCCGGAAGGAAGCCACACCCCUCUUCCAAAACCAAACCGAAAAGGGCAAAAAAAAAAAUAUUGGAAGAGGAAAGAAAAAAAAGGAACCCAACACAAGCAGGCCCAGCGGCGCAUCACAGGGGGGAGGCAACGAAGCAGGCAGGGGAGGGCAAACGGGGGAACCAACCCUAGUCAACAGCCGCCGCCGCCGCCGCCCUCGCCCGGCUGGAUCUGGCCGCCGCCGCAGCUGACGCCCGACGAUCGCCUGGGUCUGCCUGGAUGCUGAGAUCCUGUGUCACUAGAAUCCAAAUUCUUGAGAUGGGUAGGAAGUGGACAACAAGAGAAGGAAACGCUCUGGUUCAGAACAUGAAAAGAAUCCAGCGGAGAAUGAUAUUCAGAUAUUUUACUGGUUCAGCUAGCUGAAAGGUUCAAGCUAUAUGCAUUUACACAUGACAUGGGUUCUCGUGGAAGGAUGUUAUUUGACCUUAACGAACUCCCAGCAGACGCUGAUGAAGAAGCUGCUGGUGUCGUGCCACAAGAACCUGCUGCUGUCAUACCACAAGAAGCUGCUGUUUCCGUGUCACAAGAAGCUGCUAUUGUCGUGUCACAACCUCAGAAAUCCCUUCCUGUUCCGACAAUGCAUGCCCCAACUCUGUUUCAGCCAGGGGAAGGAUCACAGUCACAGGGGAUACUGAAUAAUAAUGCCUUUAAGCACGCAUCCAUUGGUUCCGGUUUUCAACCUUUUGUGAGGAACAGAGAUUCAAAUAACACAAAGGAGUCGAGGAAGGAGGAAGAUAAUAUGAAUUCCAGUAUAGCAUGUUCGUCCAUGGUAGCUAAUCACAUCACUGAUAAUACUGCUCCAAAGACGGAGCCUCGCAAUCAGGUGUCACAAGUAGUUGAAAGAGAAGAAGGAGAAUGGUCUGAUGCAGAUGUUAUUUCUGAAAAUGCAGGGAGUAAUGUUAGCAACAAAGAUGAGUCGGUUGGAACUGCAAGUACUCAUAUGAAGAAAGAAUCCCAAGACAGUGAGCCCCAUCUCAUUAAAUCUGGUGAUGUGACUAAAGAUGAUACUGCUGCUGAGUGUAGUGAUGCUGAAAUGGCUGAUGCGUCUAAAGAUCACGUUCUUCGUGGUACCACAGGAUCAGAGAGCACGCAAAAUUUGGAAUGUAAAGGAAAUCAACCUGGAGAUGAUUUAGAUGCUUGCAACAGGUCAAAGGAUGUUAAAGGAGUGGAAGCCAAUUAUGCAUUGAAGUUUGCGAGCAACCCUGCAAAGAGACCCAAGUUAAAUGAACACAAGGAGGCAAUGCUAGGUAAAAAACGAGCCAGGCAAACUGUCUUCAUCAAUGUAGAAGAUGCGAAACAAGCCGGUACAAUGAAGACCUCGACACCAAGGAGGCAGUCAUCCUUUCCAGCACCAAUUGUCACACGUACUGUGAAGGAAGCUUCUCGUGCUGCUGGUGAAAAAGCCGCAGAAAAGCAAAAUCAGCAAGCAAUCAGGGAGAGGCAAUCUGAAAUGAUGGGUUCAGAACGAAGCAAUUCUGCAGAUCCUAGUGACCAACAUGCUGAAUCUAAUGGUGAUGCUGAGAUGGAUCCUCAGGGCCGGUCAAAGAAAAUGAAUGCAGAAGAACCUUCCUCAGAUGGAUAUCAACAGCCUGUCCAAAGACAAGCUUCAUUGAAGCAAUCCAUGGACUUGAAGCAACCAAAGGGCCGACCAUUCUCGUCUCAACGGACUGCUGCAACAGGACAAAAUACUGCUGAUCAGAAGCCAGCCAGCAAAAGGUCUAUUAUUUCCAAAAAGCAAACUUUUGCAAACAAUAUGCAAUAUCAGGACUCAUCUGUUGAGCGAUUAAUAAGGGAGGUGACGAGCGACAAGUUCUGGCACAAUCCAGAGGAGGCAGAACUUGAGUGUGUUCCUGGAAGCUUUGAAUCUGCUGAGGAGUACAUUAGAGUUUUUGAGCCUUUGCUUUUUGAGGAAUGCAGAGCUCAGCUUUAUAGUUCGUAUGAGGAGAGUCUUGAAGCUGUGGGAAGGGAUGCACAUGUAGCAGUACGAGUGAAAAUCGUGGAUAGACGUGAAAGAGGAUGGUAUGAUGUCAUUGUUCUACCGAUGCAUGAAUAUAAAUGGAAUUUCAAAGAGGGUGAUGUCGCUAUUCUGUCAUUCCCGCGGCCUGGUUCAGCUGCUCAAUCAGGUCGGUCUAGUAGGAGGGCUGUUGGUUCAAAUGAAGAUGCUGAAUCAGAAUGUGGACGACUUGUUGGUACUGUUAGGCGCCAUAUGCCUAUUGAUACACGUGAUCCAAUUGGAGCUAUUAUCCAUUUUUAUGUUGGAGAUUCAUUUGAUUCUAACAGUGAGUCUAAUGUCCUGAGAAAACUCCAACCUCGGAGUACUUGGUAUCUAACUGGACUAGGUUCUCUUGCAACAACACAAAGGGAAUAUGUUGCUUUGCAUGCGUUCCGCCGUCUGAACGUGCAGAUGCAAAAUGCAAUACUUCAACCGAGUCCAGAGCAUUUCCCGAAGUAUGAAGAGCAGCCACCUGCCAUGCCAGACUGCUUCACUCCAAAUUUUGCUGAUCACCUCCACCGUAGUUUCAAUGGGCCUCAACUGUCGGCGAUUCACUGGGCUGCAACGCAUACAGCUGCAGGCACAAGCAAUGGUGUCGUGAAGAAACAAGAACCCUGGCCUUUCACAUUGGUACAAGGUCCUCCUGGGACAGGGAAAACUCAUACUGUGUGGGGGAUGCUAAAUGUUAUCCAUCUUGUUCAGUAUCAACAUUACUACGCUGCUUUGCUGAAGAAACUUGCUCCUGAAAGUUACAAACAAGUUAGUGGUAGUACUAGUACCAGCUCGGAGGCUGUUGCUGCAGGGUCAAUUGAUGAACUUUUGCAGAGCAUGGAUCAGAACCUAUUUCGCACUCUUCCCAAGCUUUGCCCUAAGCCUCGGAUGCUUGUUUGUGCCCCAUCAAAUGCUGCUACAGAUGAGCUGCUUUCUCGUGUUCUUGACCGCGGUUUUAUAGAUGGUGAGAUGAAGGUCUACCGCCCUGAUGUUGCUCGUGUUGGAGUUGAUUCACAGUCUCGUGCUGCCCAAGCUGUUUCAGUUGAAAGGAGGACGGAUCAGCUUUUAAUGAAGGGCCGUGAUGAAGUAAUUGGGUGGCUACAUCAGCUAAAAGGCCGUGAGCAGCAGCUGUCACAAGAGAUUGCUUAUCUUCAAAGGGAACUCAAUAUGGUUGCAGCAGCUGGUAGGUCCCAGGGUUCAGUAGGGGUAGAUCCUGAUGUUCUUGCUCAAAGGGACCGCAACCGUGAUAUUCUACUUCAGAAACUUGCUGCGUCAGUUGAAAGUAGGGAUAAAGUACUGGUGGAGAUGUCAAGGCUGCUGAUAUUAGAAAGCAGGUUCCGUGUUGGAAGCAACUUCAAUAUGGAAGAUGCUAGGGCUAGUCUGGAAGCCAGUUUUGCCAAUGAAGCUGAGAUUGUUUUUACAACAGUAUCAAGCAGUGGGCGUAAGUUAUUUUCUCGCCUAACUCAUGGCUUUGAUAUGGUUGUUAUUGAUGAGGCUGCUCAGGCUAGUGAAGUAGGAGUCCUUCCUCCAUUGGCACUUGGUGCAGCUAGAUGUGUCCUGGUUGGUGACCCACAGCAACUUCCUGCUACUGUUAUUAGCAAAGCAGCUGGAACGUUGCUUUACAGUAGGAGUCUUUUCGAGAGGUUUCAGCAGGCUGGUUGUCCUACCAUUUUGCUGUCAGUGCAAUACAGGAUGCAUCCCCAGAUCCGUGAAUUUCCAUCAAGAUACUUUUAUCAAGGUCGCCUUACAGAUAGUGAGAGUGUUGUCAAAUUACCUGAUGAAGCCUAUUACAGAGAUGCACUUAUGGCACCUUAUAUCUUUUACGACAUGUCACAUGGCCGCGAGUCUCAUAGGGGUGGGUCAUCUUCGUACCAGAAUAUCCAUGAAGCACAAUUUGCAUUGCGUUUAUAUGAGCAUCUUCAGAAGUUCCUGAAAGCAAAUGGUGGCAAGAAAGUAUCUGUUGGUAUAAUCACACCAUAUAAGUUGCAGUUGAAAUGCCUUCAGCGGGAAUUCAGGGAGGUUAUGAAUACCGAGGAAGGGAAGGAUAUCUACAUAAAUACAGUCGAUGCUUUUCAAGGCCAGGAGCGUGAUGUCAUUAUUAUGUCAUGUGUCCGUGCUUCAAACCAUGGUGUGGGUUUUGUUGCUGAUAUACGCCGUAUGAAUGUAGCUCUAACGCGAGCUAGGAGAGCUCUGUGGGUUGUUGGUAAUGCCAAUGCUCUCAUGCAGUCUGAGGACUGGGCGGCUCUGAUAGCGGAUGCGAAGGACAGGAAAUGUUUCAUGGACCUGGAUAGCAUUCCAAAGGACUUCCUACCCAUGAAGGCUCCUUCUAACACCCCAGGCAGGAAUUCUUCCAACAACAUACGUAACAUGAGGACUGGUGGUCCAAGACCAAGACAUUUGGACAUGUUUCCAGAACCCAGGGCUGGCAUGAACAACAGGCCUGAUGAAGAUGAGCGUCCCAAUUCUGUUCCAAGAAAUGGCAGUUACAGGAAUUUGGAUGAUUUUGGGCGACCUGGUGACCGCCCCAGGGAUAAUAUGCAGUUUGGAGUUCCCAGGAGACCAAAUUCAUCUAAUGGUAGGAGAGAAGUGUAAGGAGAAUGCAUUACUAUCUAUGGCUUUGGAACAACAUGGAACAAUGAUGAACAGCUCCGGGACAAAGUCCUGAUGCAGCAAGAUGCCGAUGCCUGUUCAGGAGAUCUCUUGCUUGUGCAUUAGAUUCCUUGCACCCUAUGGUGGGGUUAUCGCAAGCAAGCAUUGCUAUCAGCAGAUGACAAGCGGAUCCACCAUGAAAUGUGGCUUCCAGUCAAUGGGUCAAGAUGCUGUCAUGCUGGAUGGUUGAAGGCUCAUGAUGUCAGGUUGUGAUAAAGAAUGGCUGCUGUAGCCCUCAGUGUUCUGGAGCUAUGCAGGAACUUCUUUCUUAGAACUAGGCUGUCAGCUGGAGUGAUUAUGUCUUGACAUUGCAAUCCUUGCUUUAGCCGGGUCCAUCUUCUUUCCGUAGAUAUAUACAUGCAUGGGCAUUGUCCAUUUUGAAAAAUGCCAGGAGAAAGCUCACUGGCUCUAGAGCAGGGUAGGUUUCAAGCAUUGUUGCCUGAUUGCUUCUGCGAUCGUUGCAUGCUUGAUAUGUCUGGUAGGAUCAGUAUGCUAACAUAGGCAGGGCUUCUGUACCAUAUGACAUAAGCUCUUUCUGUAUACAGGGUCGGGAUCUAGAGAAAAAAAAAAGUUCAUUAUUUGAUUCAGCUCAUGUAGUCACCUGUAGUUCCUUGUUCCAAAUAUGGUUGGUUUAAAGUUCUGUGCAUAUUGUCGAAAAAUGUUCCCAUGUUUCAUGUUUGCAGUAGUGAUUUACCAGAUUUUUCAUUGUCAAUGUCAUGUUUCUUGUGCUUAUAUGUUGAUCUGUGGUUUAGUUUAUGCCAUUUGCAGUGAUAUGAAUAUGAUACUGCCCUGCUGAUGUUUAUG